UAUGAGCUCUGCCUCCUUCCCACUCGCUGCAGCGAUGAAAGCAGAGGAGAUAAUCGAGACAAACCCGUGGAUGUGCCAUAAAACCGUUCGUUAGAGACCUGAAGUAUUAUUCUGCCAGUAGAUAACCUGGUGGGCUCGCAGCUCGCCGGUGGUUUGGUCGAAGAUAAGAAGCUGUCUCUGUGAGAGGGGAACCUGAGCAAGCUGAGAGCGACAGAGGGGGGUUUGUCGGCCCACUGCAGUCUGAAUCACCGCAGACUCGCCCCACCACUGGCUCAUCACCAUCGACGACGUUUGCCCAUCUUCGUGCGCAUCCUCUCGGGGGAAGAAAGCAACGGGAAGGGACGAGACCCAAACCCGUGUUUGACCCUCUGCCGCAGCCCCGAAGUGCGCUGCUUGGCAGGGCGUGCUAAAUAAUGAGCCAAAGGGACACACUGGUUCAUUUGUUCGCUGGAGGAUGUGGUGGCACAGUGGGCGCAAUUUUGACUUGUCCUCUGGAGGUUGUGAAGACCAGACUGCAGUCCUCUUCCAUCACUCUCUACAUCUCUGAAGUCCAGCUCAGCACCGUCAAUGGAGCCAGUGUGGCCCGUGUCGCUCCACCAGGGCCUCUGCACUGUCUCAAGUUAAUUAUAGAGAGAGAGGGAACCCGUUCACUCUUCAGAGGACUGGGACCCAACCUAGUGGGUGUGGCACCUUCCAGGGCGAUCUACUUUGCGGCGUAUUCAACAGCCAAAGAGAAGCUGAAUGGGGUGCUGGAGCCAGACUCUACCCAGGUGCACAUGGUGUCGGCUGGGCUUGCAGGGUUCACCGCCAUCACAGCCACCAAUCCCAUCUGGCUGAUCAAGACCCGUCUGCAGCUGGAAACCAGAACCCGGGGUGAGCGGCGAAUGAAUGCGUUUGAUUGCGUGCGGCGGGUGUACCAGAUGGACGGCCUGCGAGGUUUCUACAGGGGCAUGUCAGCCUCGUACGCCGGCAUCUCUGAGACUGUUAUCCACUUUGUCAUCUAUGAGAGCAUCAAACGUAAACUGAUGGAGUCCAAGGCCCACGCCAGCAUGGACGAAGAGGACGAGUCCGUCAAAGAUGCCUCGGACUUUGUCGGCAUGAUGCUCGCAGCAGCCACCUCCAAGACCUGCGCCACCUCCAUCGCCUACCCUCAUGAGGUGAUCCGCACACGGCUACGAGAAGAAGGCAGCAAGUAUCGCUCCUUCUUCCAAACUCUGCUGACGGUGCCCAGGGAGGAGGGAUACCGGGCGCUGUACCGCGGCCUAACCACCCACCUCGUCAGACAGAUCCCCAACACCGCCAUCAUGAUGUGCACCUAUGAAGUGGUGGUCUACCUGCUUGGCCGUUAGCACGCCAAGGUAGGUCUCCUUCCUGUUCAAAGAGGGAGACCGUGAGCAAAAGACUGAGAAGGAAGCCCUUUGUCGAGGGAGAGCGAGGACAAAAUGUCAAAAUGAAGACCAAAGGUAAACCGAAAAUACUCUAGUGGACCAGAAGAGGAAAAAUGGACGAAAGAUGAAGAAAACGGAGGGAGGAAAGCCCUUUGUUAUCAUAUCAGCAUCAUCACCUCCAGUUCCCUUUUGUCAGAUUGCUGGAACAGAUAGACAGCGCUGCUACAGUGCACAGAAGAGGUAAUAUGGGUAGGAGGCACUGACAGGAAGAACACAGAAAGAGUUUGGCACCUAUUAAACUAAGGGUGCCUCUAACGGGAAAGGAUUUCAAGCACAAUUCAGUGGCCUUAACAGAAAAAGGUUUUAGUUUGCGUCCUUCCCUUUUGAGUGAGGAGUGAAGAACGGCCUUUUUCACUCUCACAGAUAGAGAUGAUAUUGUAGAAGGGGAAUGCUUGGAGGCAACUGCAUUUGACAGGAGAGAUGAUAACUAAAUGUAUGUGAUUUUCACUCUAUUUGUCCACGCUGUUGCUUCAGUGCUGUGAGACCACGGUAGCAUUAGAUGACUGGCAUUUGAGGAAUGUUCAUUCAAAGCAGAAUGUCCAAAGAAAGCUUGCAUUUGAAACAAAAACGUUGGCUUGUUUUUAAGUCACCUGAACCACUCAUCUUUGCACCACAGAAAGUGUGGCUUCAAGCAUUCCCCUCUCCCCCCCCCCCCCAUGAUGGCCUGAAGUUAAUCAACAGCAGUGAGCUAACUGGCCGCACACAAGAAAAGAAAUGAUGAGCCUGUGACGGCCGGUCACCCGAAAUUGAAAGAGAAGGUUAAAAAGCUGACAUUCAGUGUUUUAUUCCUCCUAUAACUCCGUGCCUGGCGGUGACCCUUCGGGUCUUCAGGUGAAGUUGGCCUUCUGUGUCGACAGUUUCUACUUGGUUAAAACUAAGACAAGGCUGGCACGCAAGGCCAGCUUCUGCCCGCACCCAGGCACUGCUUAGGACUUUAAAAAUCCUGUGUGAAAACAUGACAGAUGUGAAGUGUGCGAUUGUCCAAAAGGUACCAAGGUACAUUAUCUUGAAUAUAAUGUGACGGUGUGGGGAGAAUGUUGGAGUUUCAUCAUCACCCAGUGUGAGCGAGUGAGUGAGCGAGUGAGUGAGCGAGUGAGCAAGUGAGUGCAUCUACGGUCAUGUGUGCCUGCAUGUAUAAUUAAAGCCCCUACUCCAGAUUUCCCUCCACUAACUAAUAAUCUUGCGAGACACUGGGGUUGGGAGUGUGGAGAAGCUCCUGUACGAUGCUGGCAGCUUUCAUUCCCACUCUCAUGCCGGUCCUACCUUCCAGUGGCUUCCAACUGACCUGAUAACAUGCACUUUUGUGGCCUCUUAGGGCUUGUGCUUUGCAUUUUAUUGUGUGGACAGUUUGAACUUGUACAUUGUAAAAGACAAAAAAGUAUUACUGUAUAUCGAAAUGUUAUUUUGCGCUACUGUUCUCAUAGCAGAUAUAUUGUACAGUUUAGAGUUUUCAGUAGUUGUGAAGGAUGUCCAAAUGCGUGUAUAUAAUAUAGAUACUGUAUAUGCAUAUCAUUUAUGUUUUUGUUCUUUGGCCCAUGUUUGUUCAUGCUGUAGUUAGCAUUUCCAAUUUAUUGUUUUCCUUUUUGUGCAAUUUAACUUUGUUUGACAUUGACUGUUGACAUGAAUAUUGCUAUAGCUCGAAUGAUUACAACAGUAUAAUCUGUGGGUUUCUUUGUAUUUGUAUGUUGCUAUAAGCUGUCAUACAAACAUUUGUGCUAACGCUGAAGUCGUUUUACCUAAAAGAAAUUUGGAUGUUUCCAUCAUUGGUAAUGUUUACAUCGUUCAUUGCUUGGGUUUUCCCUAGCAACAAGUUUUGAAUAUCAUAACGGAAGUACAUUUACGUGAGAGUUCAACAACUGGAAACAUCUUUCGGCAACACUGUACAGAGUCGGGGUUAUUGAGAACUGAAUUUGAGAGUUUCAGAUAUUGCCGAGCUAAUCUGUUACUGAAGAGGGUUAUUGGUAAUAACAGCACAGUUACCCCCUUUUGAACAAUCAUUUUAAAAUCUUCGUAUAGGAUACAUAAAGAAUUAUCUUUUGGGUACAUUUGGCACACACUUUAAAAACAAAAAAAAGCUUCAAGCUUUCUAAUUUCAAAUCGUCCCUUAGAUAUUUUUAUAUUUAUAACGAAAACAUGCUUUUUAAAAGAGAUUUCAGACUUCUGUGCAGAGAAAAGCCAUCCCCUCCACAACGUCUCUUACCCAGCCGCUGUGGUCUCAUUCUCCAUAUGGAAAAGAUGAAGUCUGCACGCUUUCCAUGUUUAAAAAA